GCUGGAACAAGAAAUACAGAAAUUAGAAAGUGAGGAAUCCCAAAUAUCUGCCAAAGAACAAAUCAUUUUGGAGAAACUAAGGGAGACUGAGAAAUCUUUCGAGAACUUGCAAAAGAGUUUCUCACACCAGGAUGGUGAUGCAGUAAAUUACAUUUACUCCCAGAUCCCUGAACUCCCAACCCUCUAUUCACGAACAGCAGAGCCAGUUCCUGGGCGGGACGGAGCGAGCAGAGUAGCUGCUUUGUGCACCAUGGAAAUUAAUGUGGAGAAAGACAAACAGACAGGAGAGACCAAGAUUGUCUCUGCUUCACCUGUUGGCCCAGAUGAGGCCCAUCAAAGAGGAUUCAAAGUCUAUGAUGAUGGUACCAAGGUAGUCUAUGAGGUUCACUCUGGUGGCACAGUGGUAGAAAAUGGAGUACAUAAAUUAAGCUCAAAGGACGUAGAUGAACUUAUGCAAAAAGCUGGACAAUCAAGUGUAAAAGGAGGGUAUGAAACAAUGACUGUGUCAGACAGAAAUGCGGUAGCCGAUGGAAACCUUAGCCAUAUGAAGGAGCAAAUGCUCUUCAAGGAGGCGAAGCUGGAAAUGGUACACAAACCCAGCAAAGGGCAUGCUGUGAACCCUCAGCCCCAAGAUAAACCCUGCAGUGGCAAAGCUCUGGAGGCUGGCGCAGAUCAGCCGGUGACAAUGAUAUUUAUGGGCUACCAGAACAUUGAUGACGAAGAGGAGACGAAGAAGGUGCUGGGCUAUGACGAGACCAUCAAGGCAGAGCUGGUCCUGAUCGAUGAAGACGACGAGAAAUCAUUGCGGGAGAAGACAGUGACAGACGUCUCCACCAUGGACGGGAACGCUGCUGAGCUGGUCUCUGGCAGGCCCCUGUCAGACACCACAGAGCCCUCCUCUCCCGAGGGGAAGGAAGAAAGCCUGCCCUUGGAAGCUGCCCCAGGUACACAAAAGAAAAAGCGCUGUCAAUGCUGUAUUGUCAUGUGA